AGAGAGGGAAAGAGGAGUCCAGGCCCAAAUAAAGCCAUGGGGGCCGGGGCUGUGCUGGGCGCCCCGUUGCUAUAAAUACGCUGGCCGUCUGGAGGUUCGGGUUUGGUGGCUGGGGCUUGGGACCGGCGACCACUGCUGCUGCUGCUGCUGCUGCUGCUGCUGCUGCUGCUGCUCUUCUCAGGGGAGUCUCCUCCGCACGCUCAUCCUCUUCAUCUUGGUCCUCAGUGUUCCGGGCAUCCAAGAUGCCUCGAGUGGACGCGGACCUCAAGCUGGACUUUAAGGAUGUCCUCUUCCGACCCAAGAGGAGCAGCCUGAAGAGUCGCUCAGAGGUGGACCUGCAGAGGACCUUCACAUUCCGCAACUCCAAACAGACGUACACUGGCAUCCCCAUCAUCGCUGCCAACAUGGACACCACAGGGACAUUUGAGAUGGCGCAGGUCCUCAGCAAACACACCCUCUUCACGGCCAUUCACAAACACUACUCUGUAGAAGACUGGAAAAACUUUGCUGCUAAUUAUCCAGACUGCAUAGAGCACGUGGCCGCCAGCUCCGGCAGCGGCACCGCGGACCUGGAGCGGCUGUGCGCCAUCCUGGAAGCCGUCCCUGCCCUCCAGUACAUCUGUCUGGACGUGGCCAACGGCUACUCCGAGUACUUUGUGGAGUUUGUCAAGACGGUCAGGGGAAAGUUUCCCAGGCACACCAUCAUGGCCGGUAACGUGGUCACGGGGGAGAUGGUGGAGGAGCUCAUCCUGUCCGGAGCCGACAUCAUCAAAGUGGGCAUCGGGCCAGGCUCUGUGUGCACGACAAGGAUCAAGACAGGAGUGGGCUACCCACAAAUCAGUGCUGUCAUAGAGUGUGCAGACUCGGCCCACGGACUGAAAGGACACAUCAUCUCCGAUGGAGGCUGCAGUUGCCCCGGAGAUGUCGCCAAGGCCUUCGGUGCCGGGGCCGACUUUGUGAUGAUGGGAGGAAUGCUCGCCGGCCACGACCAGUGCACCGGGCAGGUCAUCGAGAAGGACGGCAAGAAGUACAAACUCUUCUACGGCAUGAGCUCCGACACAGCCAUGAAGAAGUACGUCGGUGGAGUCGCCGAGUACAGGGCGUCCGAGGGGAGGACGGUGGAGGUCCCCUACAGGGGCAAUGUGGACAACACCAUCCGCGACGUGCUGGGGGGCCUGCGCUCCACCUGCACCUACGUGGGCGCCGCCAAGCUCAAAGAGCUGAGCCGGCGGACCACCUUCAUCCGUGUCACACAGCAGUCCAGCCAAAUGUUCACUUAGUGGAGUGUACAUGCUCGACCGACACACACACACACACACACACACACACACACACACGCGCACACACACAGACACACACACACACACACACACACACACACCUAACCUGUUUCUCUCAGGGUAUCUGCUGUCAGAAAGCUGGUAUUUUCCUGCAGGUCGACUUGAAACUUGUCUCUGCAACGUAAUCCUACAGCGAGUGCGUUCACAGACACAAUAUGCAACAGAUUUCCUUAUUGAACGGGCAUUGUGCAAAGGUCAUGCCCCAGAAGUUCCCACCCUGAAAUGGGAACGAGAGAGCCAGACUCCUGAGGCCCGUGGCCCCUCGGCUGUAAUCUUUCUAAAUACACACUUGAACUUGCACAUUUCUGCGUACAACGAUAUGUCAACAAUGGGAGCCGUGUGUGUGUGUGUUACUUUGCAUGUAAACACACUCAGCAGCAGCAGGAGUCGGAUACUCACUCGAAUUUCAUUAGGUGGGAAUCAAUGAGCAAAAUCCACAGGCGAGGCCCAGAGACGCUGCCCUUUAAUUGUCACUGGAGAAAUCAUGUUGUAAUAAAGUGCACGCAGAACCUUCUGCUCCUGUC